AUGGCUGAGCAUGUUUUGCUUGUGGGUAGUGGAGGGCGAGAGCACGCCUUGGCAUGGACGCUCUCAAAGUCUCCCAGUGUGAGCAAAGUGUUUGUGGCUCCAGGGAAUGCUGGGACAGCCACUGGAGAGAAAGUUAGCAAUAUCGCACUGCAUUUAAAAGACUUCAAAAGUGUGACUCAGUGGUGUAAAGAAAAUGGAGUCACAUUUGUGGUGGUGGGGCCUGAAGAUCCUCUGGCAGAUGGUAUUGUGGAUUACUUCUCUCAGAAUUCAGACAUCCCUGUGUUUGGCCCAACUGCGGCGGCAGCUCAGAUUGAAGCUGACAAAUCGUUUGCCAAACAUUUUUUGGUCAAACAUGACAUUCCAACAGCCAGGUUCCAGAGUUUCAGAGACGCUGACGAAGCCUGCAAUUAUAUCAUGAGUGCAGACUUUGAAGCUCUGGUGGUGAAAGCAAGUGGACUUGCAGCAGGGAAGGGUGUUGUAGUGGCAUCUACCAAACAGCAGGCUUGUGAAGCUGUGAAAGAAAUGAUGACGGCCAAAGUAUUUGGGUCAGCAGGGGAGGUUGUGGUUGUUGAGGAGCUGUUGAAAGGCCCUGAAGUCUCUCUGCUGGCAUUUACUGAUGGGGAAACAGUGGCUUUGAUGCCUCCGGCACAGGAUCACAAGCGGCUGCUGGAUAAUGAUGAAGGACCAAACACAGGAGGCAUGGGAGCCGUGUGUCCUUAUCCAUGGCUUUCAGAGGCGGAACUAGAGAAAAUUAAAACAGAUGUCCUGGAAAAAACUGUGAAGGGACUGGCAGCGGAAGGAAAGAAAUAUGUUGGUGUAUUAUAUGCUGGGCUUAUGCUGACAAAAGAUGGACCAAAAGUUCUGGAGUUUAACUGUCGAUUUGGCGAUCCAGAAACUCAGUCCAUCCUGUCACUGCUCAAGUCUGACUUGUUGACAACCCUGAAAGCUUGUGUAAGUGGAACACUUCAGCAGGCUACACCCAUUUUUGACACGUCACUGACAGCUGCAGGCGUGGUGGUGGUUAGUGGUGGAUACCCUGGAUCUUACCGGAAAGGGCUGAAGAUUUCAGGAAUCUCAGAAGUUGAAAAAAGUGGUCUCAAGGUGUUCCAUGCAGGCACUACUUUAGAUGCUGAAGGAAAUGCAGUUACCAGCGGUGGUCGAGUUCUGGCGGUGGUUGCAGUAGAACCGAAUUUGAAAGCAGCAGUCCACAAGGCAACCGAGGGGGCGGGAUUAAUCCAGUUUGACGGGGCUUUUCACAGGAAGGAUAUUGGGGCCAAGUUUUUAAAAAGACGUGAAAGCAACGCAUGUUGGGCUGCAGGAGACAGGGAUGAAACUUCUGAGGGACUUCAGUACAAAGAUGCUGGAGUGGACAUUGAAGCUGGUGAUUACCUGGUUGAGGUCAUCAAGCCUCUUGCUAAAAUGACCAGGAGGUCAGGCUGUGAUGCUGACCUCGGAGGAUUUGGUGGUGUGUUUGAUCUGGCAGCCGCUGGGCUGCCCAGCUGUGUUCUUACCUGCAGAACCUUGGGCGUGGGCAGGAAAAUUAAGUUUGCAGAGAAACGUGGCCAUCACUACAAUAUCGGUUACGAUCUUGUUGCUGAGUGUGUUAAUGAUCUCUUGGUGCACGGUGCAGAACCACUUUUCUUCCUGGACUAUUAUGCUACAGGGAAGCUUCAUGUGCCGGCAGCUGAAGAGGUUGUCAGGGGAAUUGCAGAGGGUUGUCUCCAAGCUGGUUGUGCCUUAGUUGGAGGUGAAACUGCUGAAAUGCCAGGGAUGUACCGAGGCAACGACUACGAUGUUGCUGGCAUUGCAGUUGGGGCCAUUCCAAAUUCUCGUUUGCUGUUGCAACAGCAGGUGGCUGUUGGUGAUGCUGUCAUCGCACUGACCUCCAGUGGACUCCAGCAUGAUGAUUUUGUUGUCCUGGAGGAGGUGCUGCUGGCAUACUCUCUACAUCUGCGCAAGCUGAAAGGGGUUAACGGAGGUCAGGAACUGCUGAUCCCAACAGAAAUCUACGUGAAGUCAGUGCUGCCUGCCAUGCGGGCUGGGAAAGUGAAAAGUUUUGCUCACAUCACAGGUGGUGGUCUCACGGAGAACAUUCCCAGGGUGCUGCCUCCAGGCUUGGGUGUUCACUUGGAUGCCAGCAAGUGGUUCAUGCCUCCUGUGUUUGGAUGGUUGCAGCACAUG